CCUAUUUACUACUUUCCUUUACAUUUCCAUCUCCAUCACCAUUAUUAUCCUCCUAAUUCUCAUUCAAACUUUCAAACAAAUACCCCCUCAUUUAUUACCCCCUCAUAAAUCUCUCUCUUCAACCAUCUCUUUACUCUUUUCUUCAAUAGAUAGAUAGAGAGAUUUUUUGUUUUGUUUUGUUUUGUGGGGGUGAAGAGCAAUGGCGGAAGCGGAGGAUGUGAGUAUGAGCGAGGUCACCGGUCCAUUUCGUCAGGUUCUUUUCAUAUCUGCUGGUGCUAGCCACUCCGUUGCUCUUCUAUCUGGAAAUAUUGUUUGCUCAUGGGGACGAGGAGAGGAUGGGCAGUUAGGGCAUGGUGAUGCGGAAGAUCGACUUUUGCCGACACAAUUGAGUGCAUUAGAUGGACUUGAUAUACUAUCUGUUACUUGUGGAGCUGAUCAUACGACUGCAUAUUCAUUGUCUCGCACGGAAGUUUAUAGUUGGGGAUGGGGUGACUUUGGAAGACUUGGUCAUGGAGAUUUUAGUGACUUAUUCAUUCCUCAACCAAUAAAAGCAUUACAUGGUCUGAGGAUAAAACAAAUUGCUUGCGGGGACAGCCAUUGUUUAGCUGUGACAAUGGAAGGCGAGGUGCAGAGUUGGGGAAGAAACCAAAACGGUCAACUUGGUCUUGGAACCACUGAAGACUCUCUUGUGCCUCAAAAGAUUCAAGCCUUUCAGGGUAUUUCCAUCAAAAUGGUUGCUGCUGGUGCUGAGCAUACUGCAGCUGUUUCAGAAGAUGGUGCGCUCUAUGGAUGGGGGUGGGGACGGUAUGGAAACUUGGGAUUAGGUGACAGAAAUGAUCGCUUAGUUCCACAGAAGGUUUCUACUCUCAGUGGAGAGAAGAUGAAUAUGGUUGCUUGUGGAUGGCGACAUACUAUAUCAGUCUCUGAUGCUGGUGAAUUAUACACUUUUGGAUGGAGCAAAUAUGGUCAACUGGGACAUGGGAACUUUGAGGAUCAUCUGGUUCCACAUAAGGUGGAAGCUUUAGCUGACAGUUUUAUUAAGCAGAUAUCAGGUGGAUGGAGACAUACAAUGGCACUCACUUCUGGUGGAAAACUCUAUGGCUGGGGAUGGAACAAGUUUGGACAGGUCGGGGUUGGUGACAACACUGAUCAUUGCUCUCCAGUGCAAGUUAAAUUUCCUUAUGAGCAGAAAGUAGUUCAGGUUUCAUGUGGGUGGAGGCAUACACUUGCUAUUACCGAAGAGCAAAAUGUCUUCUCUUGGGGAAGGGGUACAAAUGGACAGCUCGGGCAUGGAGAAUCAGUGGACCGGAAUCUUCCAAAGAUUAUAGAGGCUUUAAGUUUUGAUGGUUCGAGUGGGCAGCAGAUAGAAUCUUCAAAGCUUGAUCCGUUGUCAGGUAAAGCCUGGGUUUCUCCAACUGAGCGAUACGCCAUUGUCCCCGAUGAAAGUGGGCAAACGAUUCAUUCCGAAAGGGGUGACGGUGGUGAUGUGAGUGUCCCCGAGACCGAUGUAAAGCGAAUGCGAAUGUGAUUCUUCGCAUCCAGUCUGAAAAUGCAAGUUAAAAAUGUGGGAAUCAUCGCAUCGUCUUUUAACAUAUCAUCGAAGAAUAAAGGGAUGAUGUUUUUUUUCCAUGCAGCAAAGCCUUAUAAAUGGAGAGGGCAUUUAUGAGUAAGGUGAGUGUGUUUGUGCUGUUAUUAUUAUUACUAUUUUGAGCUUUGUAGUAUGUAGGAGUGCACUAGGCAAUGUCAACAUACUUUUCUUUAGUUCUUGAAGGACUAGAAGAUGGCUUUUAAUGGUAUCUAUUUGCUUGGCUUUU